AGCUGUGCCUAUUUAAAGAGGGUCGCCCAGUCACGGAUAAAUAACAGGAGGUCCACGGCGCUGACUAAGCGCCUCUAAAUGGUUUUCAUCCCGCACUGUGUAUCUGUCUGCGGCUUCUUGUUCAUCAGUCCGGACUGACGCCGCUUCACUGCCAUCCGUAGACCAGUCGACCCAGUCCACAGUCUACCAGCUCUUCUCCAGGGGGCUAUUCUGCUGCUGUUUUUCUUUUUUCUUAUUUUCUGGGAUACGCGAAAAAUGGGGAAAGAUUACUAUAAAACGCUGGGUAUCUCUAAAGGAGCAACAGACGAGGAUAUUAAGAAAGCUUACAGAAAACAAGCGCUGAAAUGGCACCCGGACAAAAACAAGUCUGCAGCCGCCGAGGAGAAAUUUAAGGAAAUCGCCGAGGCAUAUGAGGUCCUCAGUGAUCCGAAGAAAAGAGAAGUUUAUGAUCAGUAUGGAGAGGAAGGUCUCAAGGGAGGAAACGGUCCAACUGGUGAUGGACAAGGCAGCACCUUCACCUACACCUUCCAUGGGGACCCUCACGCCACCUUUGCCACUUUCUUCGGGGGUUCAAACCCCUUCGAGAUGUUCUUCGGGCGUAAAGCCAACGGCAGAGACGACGAUGACAUGGAGGUGGACGGAAACGACCCUUUCGGAUCCUUCACCAGCUUCAACCUGAACGGAUUCCCUCGGGACGGACAUGUCGGCCCCGGAGGGCCGCAGCGCCGGAAGCAGGACCCGGCCAUCAUCCACGAACUGAGGGUCACCCUGGAGGAGGUCUUCCAUGGCUGCACCAAGAGGAUGAAAAUCUCUCGCAAAAGGCUAAAUCCAGAUGGCAGGACCAUGCGCACUGAGGAUAAGAUUCUUACUAUUGAGAUCAAGCGGGGCUGGAAAGAGGGAACCAAGAUCACGUUCCCGCGGGAGGGGGACGAGUCGCCCACUACCAUUCCUGCUGACAUUGUUUUCGUCAUCAAGGACAAGCCACACCCUCACUUUAGGCGGGAAGGCUCGAACAUUGUCUAUCCUGUGCGCGUGAGCUUACGACAGUCGUUGUGCGGAUGCUCAGUUACCGUGUCGACAAUAGACGGGAAGACGUGCAACAUGAAGAUCACGGACGUCGUCAAGCCUGGCAUGAGAAAGACUGUUGCCGGACAGGGUCUCCCCUUCCCCAAAAACCCAGAGCAGAGAGGGGACCUGGUGGUGGAGUUUGAUGUGAACUUUCCUGACACAUUGCCCGGCAACGCCAAGGACGUCCUGAAACGACAUUUACCUACCUAGGACGAAGGACUCAGACUGAACAAGGGGAGAUAACCACAUGACAGCUCUCACCCUCAUUACCAAACACACUCACACAAACACUCACACACAACACACACACACACACAAGGACAGUUCUGACAGUUCACAGAUGGAGCUAGUGACGAAUGUGCAAUUUCUAUUUUUGAGCUACGUGGUGGUUUUAUAAAUACCAUGCAUGCUGCCAAGUUGAUAUAAGUGCAAGUGAAAGACUGUCUGGGUUAUUGAUAUCUGAAAGUACACAUUGUAUGUAUGUGGGUCUUUGCCAUAAUUACUUUAUCUUUUUGUUUGUUGGUAAUAUUUGGUAGUGAAAGAGUCUACAGUUGCCUAACACAACCCCAGUGAUCCUGGGAAACAUUGCAUUGCCAAACAGUACAUUUCUUCUUGCUCUCAUUUAGAUUUUACAAGCUUAAUUACUGACAUUUUUAACUGUCAUUCAUGUUGAUUUCGUCAUUAAGAGAUACACGUCUCAAUUUGGAGGCUGUCUUAAAAUGUGUGUACAGGUUAUUCAAGAGAGGAAGUGGUUGAAUCAAAUGCAUUGUCACGUGUGCAUUUUAGAAUCGUACAUGUGAAGAUAUUGAACUUGAAUUUUAAAAUAAAUAUUUCCACAUGAA